GAGUGUCUCGUUAUUUUACCGUUUUCAAAUUGAACACCCCGUAUACCUGCUUGAUCUUUCUGGCGUGCUUCUAAAGACCCUGUUUGCAAAGAAACCUGUUUGGUAUUUUGCCAAAUUUUUGCAUAUUUCAAUGUUUAAUUCAAGGGAACAUUAAGCAACAUUGCUUUCUCUCGGUUCAUCCUUAUUUAAACCUCUUUGUUUCGAUUUUUUCCGAGAACGGAAUCUGAAUUAUGCAUGCCAAGCAGCUAAGUAUUUCUGCAUUUAUAAAUUCAUACUAGUUUUGAAUAGUUUUCAUAAAUCUGAUGUAAACCCUGCACCAUUUGAACAUUUUACUCACGUUUCACUUUAUGGUGUUCGCAAAGAACAACAGUCUAUCCUUAUAGUAAAUAUACAGGGUGUUUUUUUUAUUAAGUAAGCACUCAUGUCUAUUAUCUGCGUCUUCGGCGCUCAGGAUGUUUACUCAUUGAAACCUUUUUCCCUGCCUCCUGUAUCUCCCACUAAAAUGUUCUUGCGUGCUUUUCGGCUUUCGACCCUUAAUUUCCGUUGGUUCUCCCAUAUUUCUUUGCGCUCAAAAUUAACGUGCCACCCCUGUACACAUUAAUAAGUAAAAAUAAAUAAAUAAGCCACCUUGUUGCAUGUACAAUCUACAUAUUGGCCAAUUCUUUGCAAUGUCAGUGGUACCGCUUUUAUAGCAAUUUGCGAUUGAUUGGUAGUAGAACUCGGGCGGUCGCAAGACCAUUAGAAAUGUGAAAAAUUGAAAAAUGUAUUAUUUCGGUGUUGUAUUUUUCCUAAUCGGUCUCAGUGAUUGUUUGAAAUUGUCGAAUUAUGGUGCAAACAGCACUGGCAUGGUUUCCGCAAAGGAAUUUUGCACAAUCGAUGCAAACAGGGUGGAAAAUGCGAGUCAAAGAAAUGUGGAGGAGUUGCAUCUGUUGAAAAUAUGGAAACAGUUUCCGGUGGAUCUGUUUUGGAAUGUUAGCAGUAUUUCCAGUGCCUGCCAAAGAGACUACCAAAGGUUCUGGGAUGGGGCGUUUCGAAAUGAGCUGGAUUCUUUAAAGUUAUUUGAUGCCUCAGCCAAACCACCAUCAGGCCUCCUCAGCGGCAACAUCAACCAAUUUGGAGACUUUGAAGAAUGCCUUCAAGUACCCAGAGCCCAAUACUGUCUAGCUCUAAUAGAUUUAGAGCCUCUAUGGAAGAAACCAUUACAUCAAUACAAAGACCUCAUCCAUUCGCACUUCAGCAUCACGGAAUCCUUCGACGAUCCAAGUCAUCGCGUUCCAGGUUUCUCCUUUGUUCGAUGGGGCUUUUGCAUACCACGUAGCUGUAAAGUUGAGGACCUGGAGAAUGCUUUGGAGGUGAAAAUUGGCGUGAGGACGAAAGUGAAACCUGGCAUGUGCCAGACAUGGGGCUUGAGCCCCAGGACAUGGACAUUUGGGGAUUACUUGGCUAGGGCGUACUUUGUUUCUCUGGCAAUAGCAGCUCUGAUCGGCACAGCAUUGGGGAAGAAGCAUGCGAUUUUUCUGCAAAAGCAUGCAAAAGCUCUACAGUUCCUCAAGUGCUUCGACUUCCAGGAGAACUUUCGUCAAUUAACUGAAAGGCCCGCAAACAGGAACGAGUACAAGUCGGUGCAUGGCGUGCGGUUCUUUUCAGCUUUGGCCUUGAUUAUGGCUCACAAAACCAUGGCCUUGCUGUAUAAUCCCUACAUCAACAAAGCAUGGAUGGCUGAGAGUCAAGCAAUGCGUUGGUCAGUUAUAGGCAGGAACGCCAUCAUCUACACCGAUUGCUUUCUAUUAGUGAGCGGACUGCUGAAUGCGAAGUCGCUGUUUGGGGAGCUGGAAAAGUCUGGAGUGAUACGUUACAAGGCCAAGCUCUACAGCAGACUCGUCAGAAUUGUCCCAGGCUUAUUAACAGUGAUCCUUUUCUGUACGUAUAUUCUGCCGGAUUUGGGCUCGGGACCUCUUUGGCCGAUGGUCGUGGACCAUCAUGCGGAAUUAUGCAAGCAAUACAUGUGGCGGAACUUGCUGUUUGUACACAAUUAUUUUGGAUUCGAGCGCAUGUGCUUGACCCACACGCAUCAGGUUGGAAUCGACAUGCAGCUCUUUCUAGUCUCCCCCGUGUUCAUAUAUGCCCUAUGGAGAAAUCAGCGUCUUGGCCUGUGGCUGAUUGGAGGCCUAUCGGCCAUUUCCUCCAUUUUGCGGUUUUACUAUACAUUUAGUUAUCAGUUGAGUCAUGUGGUCCAUUUCGGAAUCCCAAUAUCUAGAAUGUUCAACACAGCCGAUCUCUCCUAUAUUCUGCCGACCCAUCGAGCCUCGAUCUACUUUCUGGGCGUGUUAUUGGCCUGGUUGCUUCGACGUCCUCCCAAGACGUUCUCCAGGAAAAAGCUGCACUUGGUUUGGGGGUUGAUGUACACAGUGGGCCUGAUCACCUGGUUCGGGCCCAGUUUCAUGUGCGUUAAAGGCUACCAAUACCACAGUUUGGAAAGCGCCCUGUACAGCACGUUUUACCCUUACACCUGGGGAAUUGCCAUUGCCUGGAUCAUCUACUCCACAGAGUGUGGAUUUGGAAGCUGCUUUGGCCCGCUGUUAACGUGGAAAUACUUUCAAAUAUUCACCAAGAUUUCCUAUGGCGUCUACCUGAUCCAGUUUCCAGUGUUUUUUUAUAAUGUUGGGUCAACUAGGCAUGCCGGGGAGUUUCACAGCCAUCUAGUGUUUCCUUUGCAGGAGAUUGUGGUCAUUGUGGGGCUUUCAACGGUGCUGACGCUUCUGGUGGAAAUGCCCAGCCAAAAUUUGCACACAUUGGCAAUGUCCAGAAAAAAAUUGAAUAAAUGAUUGUUUAUUUUCCA